AUGACGAGGCUGCGCGCCGUUGGCGAGACCAUCGGAAAGCUAUUGCUCGUGGACGGAACUGAACUCUAUAAGAAUUUGUGCAAACCCAAGAUUAAAGUGGGAGCCGAAUUCGUGACGCAAGGCAGGAACGUAGAUCAAGUGAGCUACUCCGUCGGCGCCCUCGCGAAGGCCAUGUUUGACCGCCUGUUCAGGUGGAUGGUGAAGAAAUGUAACGUUGCCCUUGAAACUGGACAGAAGCGUGCUAUGUUCAUCGGUGUGCUCGACAUUGCCGGUUUCGAGAUCUUCGAUUUCAACGGUUUCGAGCAGAUCUGCAUCAACUUCUGUAAUGAGAAGUUGCAGCAGUUCUUCAACCACCACAUGUUCGUGCUAGAGCAGGAGGAAUACAAGAGGGAAGGCAUUAACUGGACCUUCGUGGACUUCGGUAUGGAUCUGCAGGCUUGCAUCGAACUCUUCGAGAAGAAACUUGGAAUUCUUGCCAUUCUUGAGGAGGAGUCCAUGUUUCCUAAGGCUACUGACAAGUCAUUUGAAGAAAAGCUGAAGGCCAACCAUUUGGGAAAAUCACCUUGCUUCGUCAAGCCCAAGCCAGCCAAGCCCGGCCAGAAAGAAGCACACUUCUCCAUCGUCCACUACGCCGGCACGGUGCCCUACAACCUCACCGGCUGGCUAGAGAAGAACAAGGAUCCCCUCAACGACUCGGUUGUGGACCAGCUGAAGAAGUCCAGCAAUUCCCUUCUUGUGGAUCUUUUUGCUGAUCACCCUGGGCAGUCCGGAGGAGCCGAUGAGGGCAAGGGAAAAGGUGGUCGAGGUAAAGGUUCUGGUGGGUUCAAGACAGUGUCAUCAGGUUACAGAGCUGAACUGAACAACCUGAUGAAGACCCUGAACGCCACGCACCCGCACUUCAUCCGCUGCAUCGUACCUAACGAGACCAAGUCUCCUGGUGUUGUUGACGCUGGCCUCAUCAUGCACCAGCUGACCUGCAACGGUGUACUCGAGGGCAUCCGUAUCUGCCGAAAGGGCUUCCCCAACAGGAUGGUGUACCCCGACUUUUGCCAUCGCUACGCCAUCUUGGCCUCUAAAGCGAUGGCCGCGGCAGGGGACCAGAAGGCUGCGGCGGGAGUGUGCCUCAAUGCGAUUUCGCUGCCGGAAGAGAACUACAGGCUUGGUAACACAAAGGUAUUCUUCCGGGCUGGAGUUUUGGGUCAACUGGAGGAAAUCCGCGACGACCGCCUGGCCCAGGUGCUCUCGUGGCUGCAGGCCUGGAUCCGUGGUUACAUCAGCCGCAUUCAGUACAAGAAGCUCCAGGAGCAGCGCGUCGCCCUCAUCGUCGUGCAGCGCAACUUGAGGAAGUACCUCAAGCUCCGCAAUUGGCCUUGGUACCGCAUGUGGCAGAAGGUCAAGCCGCUCCUCAACGUCACUCGCGUCGAGGACGAGAUACGCGCCCUCGAGGAGAAGGCGGCCAAAGCCCAGCAGGAUUUUGAACGCGAAGCUAAACUGCGCAAGGAGCUUGAGACUGCCAACGUUGCUCUUCUUGAGGAGAAGAAUAACUUAAUGGCUGCCCUAGAUUCCGCCAAGGGCAAUGCCAGUGACUUCCUUGACAAACAAGCCAAGCUUCAGAGCCAGAAGGCUGACCUUGAAGCACAGCUCAAUGAAACCACCGAGCGCUUGCAAAGUGAGGAGGAAGCCAAGAAUCUGCUCUUCCAAGGAAAGAAGAAAACGGAGCAAGAGGUUUCAGGCCUGAAGAAGGAUCUUGAAGACAUGGAGCUCGUCAUACAGAAGCUCGAGCAGGAGAAGUCGACCAAGGACCACCAGAUCCGCAACCUGAACGACGAGGUCUCCCACCAGGACGAACUCAUCAAUAAGAUCAACAAGGAGAAGAAGCACCUUCAGGAAUGCAACCAGAAGACCGCCGAAGACCUCCAGGGCAUCGAAGACAAGUGCAACCAUCUUAAUAAGGUCAAAUCAAAGCUUGAGCAAACCUUGGAUGAACUUGAAGAUUCCCUUGAGCGAGAGAAGAAACUUCGCGUCGAAGUGGAAAAGGCCAAAAGGAAGGUUGAGGGAGACUUCAGGCUGUGUCAGGAAGCGAUCGCCGACCUAGAGCGAAACCAAAAGGAACUUGAACAAAAUAUUCAACGAAAGGAUAAGGAAGUGUCGGGCGUGUCCAAUAAGCUUGAAGAGGAGCAAGGCGUCGUUUCGAAAGUGCAUAGGCAGGUCAAGGAAUUACAGUCUCGCAUCGAGGAGUUGGAGGAAGAGAUCGAGCACGAGCGCCAGUCCCGAGCGAAGGCUGAGAAGUCGAAGAGCAACUUGAAUCGAGAACUUGAGGAACUUGGAGAGCGUCUUGAUGAAGCUGGCGGAGCCACUGCUGCGCAGAUUGAGCUGAACAAGAAGCGAGAGGCAGAGCUCGUCAAGCUCCGCCGCGAUCUGGAGGAGUCCACGAUUCAGCACGAGGCGUCGCUGGCGAGCCUUCGCAAGAAGCACAACGACGCCCUCGCGGAAAUGUCCGACCAGAUCGAUCAUCUCAACAAAAUGAAAGCCAGAACUGAAAAGGACAAAGAUACCAUCAAGCGUGAUGCCGAUGACGCAAGAGCGGCGUUGGAUGGAGUCACUCGUGACAAGGCUGCCGCUGAGAAGACAAUCAAGCAGAUGCAGCAGAACACGAAUGAGAUUCAGGCAAGGCUGGACGAGUCAAACCGCACACUGAAUGACUAUGAUGCUGCCAAGAAGAAGCUUGUGGUUGAAAAUGCUGAUCUCCUUCGUCAGUUGGAAGAGGCUGAGAGUCAAAUUGGUCAGCUUACAAAGAUGAAGCUUUCUCUUACGAAUCAACUCGACGACACCAGGAAACUUGCUGAUGACGAGAGCAGAGAAAGAGCAACGAUCCUCGGCAAAUUCCGUAACCUUGAACACGACAUCGAUGGUUUGCGCGAGCAGCUCGACGAGGAGAGCGAGGGCAAGGCCAACGUGAUGCGACAGCUCUCCAAGGCCAACGCCGAGGCCCAGAUGUGGCGGUCCAAAUACGACUCGGAAGGCGUGGCCCGCGCCGAGGAGCUGGAGGCCUCGCGCCUGAAGCUGGCUGCUCGACUCGAAGAGGCCGAGGGACAGAUCGAGCAACUGAACGGGAAGAAUCUCAGCCUCGAGAAGACGAAGCAGCGUCUCUCUACUGAGGUUGAAGACAUGCAGAUCCAGGUAGAGCGGGCGCAGACCUUGGCAAAUUCUGCUGAGAAGAAACAAAAGAACUUCGAUCGCAUCAUUAGCGAGUGGAAAAUGAAGGUAGAUGACCUCUCUGCUGAACUGGACAGCUCGCAGAAGGAGUGCCGUACUUAUUCAACUGAACUUUUCCGCGUUAGAGCUGCCUAUGAGGAGAACCUUGACCAGCUUGACACGGUUCGUCGUGAGAAUAAGAACCUUGGUGAUGAGAUCAAAGAUCUGAUGGAUCAGAUUGGAGAAGGCGGGCGCUCACUUCACGAGAUCCAGAAGAAUUCUAGGCGUCUCGAGAUCGAAAAGGAAGAGCUCCAGGCAGCUCUCGAAGAGGCCGAGGCAGCGUUAGAGCAGGAAGAAAAUAAGGUGCUUCGUGCUCAGCUUGAACUCAGCCAAGUACGACAGGAGAUUGAUAGGCGCAUCCAGGAGAAAGAGGAAGAGUUUGAUAACACUCGCAAGUGCCACCAACGAGCUAUCGACUCCAUGCAAGCUUCUCUCGAGGCCGAGUCCAAGAGCAAAUCCGAGGCGCUGCGCAUGAAGAAGAAGCUCGAGUCAGAUAUCAACGAGCUUGAAAUCUCCCUCGACCACUCCAACAAGGCCAAUGUCGAUCUCCAGAAACACAUUAAGAAGAUCCAAAACGAUAUGAAGGACUUGCAAGUUCGCAUGGAGGAGGAGCAGCGACUGUCUUCGGAUUACCGAGAUCAAUAUAACAUGUCGGAGCGUCGCGCCAACGCUCUCCACGGUGAACUAGAGGAGUCGCGCACCCUUUUAGAGCAAUCUGACCGAGGGCGCCGCCAAGCUGAGUCCGAACUGGCCGAAGCAAACGAGAAUAACGCCAACCUCGCAGCUCAGGUUAACUCCAUGACAAUAGCAAAGAGAAAGCUGGAGGGCGAGAUGCAGACCCUUCAGGCCGACCUUGAGGAGAUGUUGAACGAGGCCAAGAACUCGGAGGAGAAGGCCAAGAAGGCCAUGGUUGACGCCGCUCGCCUGGCUGACGAACUCCGCGCCGAGCAAGAGCACGCCCAGAACCAACAUAAGAUGCGCAAGGGACUUGAAGCAUCUCUUAAGGAGCUUCAGCUGCGUCUAGAGGAAGUCGAGGGCAAUGCCAUGAAGACUGGAAAGAAAGCAAUUUCCAAACUGGAAAACAGAGUCCGUGAACUGGAGAACCAGGUUGAUGAUGAAGCCCGCCGCCACGCCGACGCCCAGAAGAACCUGAGGAAGUGCGAGAGGCGCAUCAAGGAGCUCAGCUUCCAGUCCGACGAGGACAAGAAGAACCACGAGAGGAUGCAGGACCUGGUGGACAAGCUCCAGCAGAAGAUCAAGACCUACAAGCGCCAGAUCGAGGAGGCCGAGGAGAUCGCCGCCCUCAACCUGGCCAAGUUCCGCAAGGCCCAGCAGGAGCUGGAGGAGGCUACACAUUGUGCUUAAGAUUAUGUUUUCCUG